GCCACCCACGACGCUGCGUCGGCCCACUUCCGGCCAGUGACGCAGUUCCGCUUUGCCGGGCGCGCGGUGGACGGUCUGAAAACGCAGAGCUCGGCUUUCGCCGGGGUUUGGCGGCCGCGGAGCUCAGCAUGGCUUCCUCACGAGCCGCCUCCACGGCAACCAAAACUAAGGCACCUGAUGACUUAGUUGCUCCUGUUGUGAAGAAACCACACAUCUAUUACGGAAGUUUGGAAGAGAAGGAGAGGGAGCGUCUGGCCAAAGGAGAGUCUGGGAUUUUGGGAAAAGAAGGACUUAAAGCUGGAAUUGAAGCAGGAAAUAUUAACAUAACCUCUGGAGAGGUGUUUGAAAUUGAAGAGCACAUCAGUGAACGACAGGCCGAAGUGUUAGCUGAGUUUGAGAGAAGAAAGCGAGCCCGGCAAAUCAAUGUUUCCACUGAUGACUCAGAGGUCAAGGCUUGCCUUAGAGCCUUGGGGGAGCCCAUCACACUUUUUGGAGAGGGUCCUGCUGAAAGAAGAGAAAGGCUGAGAAAUAUCCUAUCAGUGGUUGGUACUGAUGCCUUAAAAAAGACCAAAAAAGAUGAUGAGAAAUCUAAGAAGUCCAAAGAAGAGUAUCAGCAAACCUGGUAUCAUGAAGGACCAAACAGCCUGAAGGUUGCUAGACUAUGGAUUGCUAAUUAUUCACUGCCCAGGGCAAUGAAACGCCUGGAAGAGGCUCGUCUCCAUAAAGAAAUUCCUGAGACAACUAGGACCUCCCAGAUGCAAGAGCUGCACAAAUCUCUCCGGUCUUUGAAUAAUUUCUGCAGUCAGAUUGGGGAUGAUCGGCCUAUCUCCUACUGCCACUUUAGUCCUAAUUCCAAAAUGCUGGCCACAGCUUGUUGGAGUGGGCUUUGCAAGCUCUGGUCAGUUCCCGAUUGCAAUCUGCUUCACACCCUCCGAGGCCAUAACACAAACGUAGGCGCAAUUGUAUUCCAUCCAAAAUCCACCGUGUCCUUGGACCAAAAAGAUGUCAAUCUGGCCUCUUGUGCUGCGGAUGGUUCUGUGAAGCUUUGGAGCCUUGACAGUGACGAGCCAGUGGCGGACAUUGAAGGCCAUACAGUGCGUGUGGCACGUGUAAUGUGGCAUCCAUCAGGACGUUUCUUGGGCACCACCUGCUAUGACCGCUCGUGGCGCUUAUGGGAUUUGGAGGCUCAAGAGGAGAUCCUGCAUCAGGAAGGCCACAGCAUGGGUGUGUAUGACAUUGCCUUCCAUCAAGAUGGGUCUUUGGCUGGCACUGGGGGACUGGAUGCAUUUGGUCGUGUUUGGGACUUGCGCACAGGACGGUGUAUCAUGUUCCUAGAAGGUCACCUGAAAGAAAUCUAUGGAAUAAAUUUCUCCCCCAAUGGCUACCACAUUGCAACUGGCAGUGGUGACAACACCUGCAAAGUGUGGGACCUUCGACAACGGCGUUGUGUCUAUACCAUCCCUGCCCAUCAGAACUUAGUGACUGGUGUCAAGUUUGAGCCUAUCCAUGGGAAUUUUCUGCUCACUGGUGCUUAUGAUAACACAGCCAAGAUCUGGACCCACCCAGGCUGGUCCCCACUGAAGACUCUGGCUGGCCAUGAAGGCAAAGUGAUGGGCCUAGACAUCUCUUCUGAUGGGCAGCUCAUAGCCACUUGCUCAUACGACAGGACCUUCAAGCUCUGGAUGGCUGAAUAGGCAGGACCAGGGAAGAAGGACUCUAAGCUCAAGCUCUUUCUUAAGGGCCAUUUUUAAAAGAAAGGAAUUGACCUGUUUAGUUCAUCAUGUUUUUUGCCAAUUACCAUGUAUAGACCCUCAAAAGAAUUGGAUUUCCAGGUCAGCCUCCACUCCAGAUAGAGAGCCCAGUCUCUGGGUGUUGACGAACUCCUUUCAUAGUUGAAAUUCUAAUUCUCAUCUUCAAGCCUUGCCACGGACUGUGUAGACAUUGUUUUUUAUUAAUCUUUUGUUUGAAUGCCCUGUUGCCUCCUUCACAGCACUCAGGAUUGUGACUGGCUACAUUUUUAAUUUUGAAACGUGGCUUUCCAUUACAUGGUACAUGCUUCAGGACUCCAUGUGACCCACAGAGCAAGGCAGCUGAACUGGGAGCUAGUCUGGGAGCCCUCUUGGAAAGAGGCAUUUCUCCCUACACACUGGUUAACCAAUGCCUUGACAGAACCUUUCCUCUACCUUGAGAACGGGAGAUGAAGAAGUAGACCACAGCUAUGCUCAGGGUUUGCAGUAAAGAAGAUUUUACCUCUUCCUGUUGAGUUUGCUUGGAAUGCUGACUGCAUCGGGAAGCUCAGAACUGAACAUUUGCCCUGUCAGAAAAGGUCUUCCUUUUUGCUUUGAGGUUUGGCAUCCUUUGUGUUACCCCGAAGCUGGGCUGUUGUGUCAAGAUGGCAAUGAAAUUUUUAGAAAGCAAAAAGGAAGUCUGUGUGUCACCUCCUUUGUGUGGGUGAUUUAGGGGACGUACCUUUCAUGGCGAGGUGACUGGGAAAAUCCCAAAGGUGUUGUUCCUUGACAUCGACUUUUUCUCUUUCUUUCUUUAUUACACACUUGAUACAGAGUAAAAUCCUAUGAUAAAAACUGUUCUUUAAAGACUUAUUUUGUAUAGCUGGACAUUUUCUGAAUCCAACCCAUUGGUGCCUGGGUUUUUUUUUGGGGGGGGGGGGGUUGUUUUGUUUUUUGGUUUGAGAUACAACGAAGUAUAUCAAAUAAUAGCUUAUUCCAGUUUCUCUCUCCUUAGUAAGCACUCUGCUAAUAGUUGUUUUUGUAGAGACUACUGCCUUCUGGGCCAGACUCCUAGCAAACUGGAUCUGAACUCUGUAAUUCGUACUCAUUGGCCAUGCAGCAGUCAGCUUAUCCUCUCUCCACCUCAAGUAUACAACUGCCGAACACAAAGACACAGUAAAUUCUCACAAAAAUAUAAGAGUUUGGAAGAAGAAAGGAUUGCAUAUAGAGCAUUUGAGAAGGGCUUGUAUGUUGACUUUUCCUUGAAUGUUCAAAAUAGUUUCUAUUUGCUGUUCUGGAGAGAUGGACAGUGGCUUUGUCUCACUCUGUCCUGCAAACUAUGAAUGUGAGAAUAUACUAAAUCUGUGUGGUUUAAUUUUGAUUAUAGCCAAAUAGUUGCAUA